AUGUCGGAGAACAAUAUUCCCCAAACUUCAACUCCUCAACUGGCGCCGUCGGUCCCGGUUGACCAGACACACCCUAUAGCUCAGGUCACCACCACUCCGACCGCCUCGGUUACCGCGACCGCUGCCGCCGCCACCGCCGCCAUCAACAACUCCAUGAAUGGCGGCGAACAGCUCCCUUGCCAGUGGGUGGGUUGCACGGAGAAGAGUCCGACUGCCGAAUUACUAUAUGAACAUGUCUGUGAGCGCCAUGUCGGUCGCAAGAGCACAAACAACUUGAACUUGACUUGCCAGUGGGGAUCUUGCAACACUACCACUGUUAAGCGCGAUCACAUCACCUCGCACAUUCGAGUCCACGUGCCCCUGAAGCCACACAAGUGUGAUUUCUGUGGCAAGGCCUUCAAGCGUCCUCAAGAUCUGAAGAAGCAUGUCAAGACCCAUGCUGAUGACUCGGAAAUUCGGUCACCUGAGCCCGGGCUCAAGCAUCACCACCCGGAUAUGAUGUUCCCUCAAAACCCCAAGGGAUAUGCCGCUGCUACUCAUUACUUCGAGAGCCCCAUCAACGGGGUCCCUAACCAGGCCUAUACCCAUGGCGCACCCCAGUACUAUCAGACACACCAGGCACCACCCCCACCCGCCAAUCCGCAUUCAUAUGGCAAUGUCUACUAUGCCCUCAGCCAGGGUCAUGAUGGCGCCCCCUCUUAUGACCGCAAGCGUGGAUAUGAUGCGCUGAACGAGUUCUUUGGAGAUCUCAAGCGCCGCCAGUUUGAUCCGAACUCAUAUGCCGCUGUUGGCCAGCGUCUGCUGGGUCUGCAGGCCCUCCAGCUCCCAAUUUUGAAUGGACCCGUACCCGAGUACCAGCCCAUGCCGACCGGCGUUGCCGUGGGUGGAGGUGGCGGGUACAGCCCUGGUGGCUCUCAAGCCCCUGCCUACCACCUGCCCCCAAUGUCCAACGUCCGUACCAAGAACGAUCUCAUCAACAUUGAUCAGUUCUUGGAGCAGAUGCAAAACACAAUUUACGAGAGUGACGAGAACGUGGCUGCCGCCGGUGUUGCGCAGCCCGGUGCUCACUACGUGCACCCUGGCAUGCACUACCGUGCCACUCAUUCUCCGCCAACCCAGCUACCCCCUAGCCACGCAUCAGCCACUAGCUCUGCGCCCAUGAUGCAGGCACACUCCCCUUCUGUCGGUACUCCGGCGUUGACUCCUCCUUCCAGCGCUCAAUCUUACACCUCCAACCGCUCUCCCAUCUCUAUGCACAACCACCGUGUUUCUCCACCGCAUGAGAGUGGCCCAGGCAUGUACCCUCGUCUCCCAUCCGCCAGCAUGUCUGAUAGCAUGGGCGCUGGCUACCCCACUGCCUCCGGUGCUGCUCCUCCGUCAACUCUCGGUGCUUUCGAUAAUGAUGACCGUCGUCGUUAUACCGGAGGCACUUUGCAGCGUGCGCGCCCGGCAGACCGCCAAGUUGACAAUAGUCAAAUGGAUAUCUCGCAUGAUAGCAAGGCGGACGGAGAACGCACUCCGACUAAGGAGCACAUGAAUAUCUCAGAAAGUCUGAUUGACCCUGCUCUGUCUGGCACUUCUUCUGAUCCUGAUCAGGAAGCUGCUCAGCGGACUGCUCAGGCUGCUACUGAAGUGGCCGAGCGCGAUGUGAAUGUUGCCUGGGUGGAGAAGGUUCGCUUGCUUGAGAACCUACGUCGUCUCGUCUCCGAGCUCUUGGAGGCCGAUCUGUUUACCCCUGGCUCUGGGCAGGAAAGCAACUCUUCUACCCCGAUUGAUGGGGCUAUGGAAGGUAUCGAGAUUGCCAGUGCACGUGCCUCCUCCGAGCCAUCUAAGGAGGAAUUCAAAUCCGAGCCUGUGGAGACCGUCUCCUACCCGACCCUUCGUGGGCUGGAUGAAGACGGAGACGCUAAGAUGCCCGGUGACGAUGAAUAG